AUUGACGUUCGCAAUUUCGUCGCAAGCAGUCAUGAGCAUCCAAUGAUCGCUGGAUUUCGAGGCAAUCUCUUCGAAGAUUAUGCUCAUCUGGAAUUGCAAAGAGGUGCACGUAAGGAAUAUUAUAACAGACCAAAAUCAAAGACAUUUGCAUCGAUUGAUUCUUUUAGCCUCGAUAACAAAACCUUGGACUUGUACCAAAUUACUGUCUCAGAGAACCACGGCGUAAAGAUAAAAGGACUUAAUGACCUUAACCGUCUACUUGAAUGGAUAAAGGAUGUGGAUAACAUUAAUUUAUACUUUGUCGUGCCACCGGACAUUUUUAAAACAUUUCCACUGCAAAAAUACAAGUCAGCUAAAGGCGAAGAUUCUAAGAAAAUUCCGAAAUGGAUUAGCGAAAAACUAACCCAAUAUGCACUAGAGAUCGUCUUGGAUAUUAGUAAUAAAAGCGCAAAAAAACGAUCUAGUGAUGCGAUAUCGGGAGAUGAUGAAAAUGAGGAAACGACAGGGAAGGGAACGAAUAAAGAUGUGAAAAAACGAAAAACAGAAAAGAGUGUUGCAAUGUUGGGAGACGAUGGAAGUAAAGAAGCAUCAGGGAGCAACGUGGGUUCAGGACAGCGCAAUUUGAAGCGAUCAAGUAAUGUGAUAGACAAUGAAAGUGAGGAUGCGUCAAAGAGUGAA